CUUAAGAAAAAUGAAUUUUUUUUUAAUUAAAAUUGGAUGUAUUCUGUUUGGGUUUUAGAUACAUUUUUAUGUUUUAUUUCUACGUUUUAAUAUGGAUGGAGUACAUGAAAGUAACGAUUUUGUUGAGAUAAGUAAUAUUAGAAUUUAUCCGGCAAGAUUAGAGUUUUCUGAAAAUUUGGAAAAGAGAGCGUACAAGUCCAAGAUUACUUUACAAAAUAUUGGAACAUGUAGAACGUGUGUUAGGAUUUUAGAACCAUCGUCAAAGUAUUAUAAAAUACAAAGUUUUCCAAGAGGACGAUAUUUAUCGGCAGGAUUAAAAAUAAUAGUUCCAGUAGAAAUUCUAUAUGCUGCUGAUGACAACCCAGAUAGUGAAUGCUUAGUUCCUGUUUAUGUUAAUGAUAAAAGACACGAUUACUUAAUUUUACUAAAAUCUUCAAAAGGUUCAAUGUCAAUCACUCCAGAAAUUGUCGAUUUUGGUUUAAUAAACGCCGGUUCAAUUCAUAUUACAAAAACGAUUGUACUAGAAAAUAAAGCUAAUAAAGAUUUGAUAUUUUACGUGGAUCGUAAUGCUUGUAGUUCGGCGAUUAUCAUCGAGCCCCUUAAAGGUAAAGUCAGGAUGGCUGGAAUUUAUGAGAUAUCAAUAAAAAUAUUUGCUUUACAAGAAACGGAUUUGAAUACAUCCUUCUCUAUAAAAUGUGCUUACUCGAUAACUCCCAUUUACGUUAAAGGGAAAGUUAUCAAUUCGAAAUUAGAAGCUCUACAUCCAAACACAACCGAACAUUUUACUUUAUUAGAAUUCCCACCUACUUAUUUUGGUUUAUCAUCAGUUGUUAAUUUGUUUGUACGAAAUUAUAGUGCUAUUCCGAUGAUGUAUUCAACGAUGGGGGAAAUUCAUCAAAGAAGAGUGAGUUUGGAAUCUAUAAAAAAGGAGUCAAUAAAUUUCAAAUUUUUCGAUAUGUAUCCCACAAAUGGUUUUUUUCAUGAAAAUGAAACAAAAUUAUUCAUUUUUCGGUUUUCGCCAAGACAAUUAGAUUCCAACACGAAAAAUAAUCGAUUUUAUUUUUGCACCAUUUUAAUGCAUCGAUUUCGAUCGGUUGCUUUAGCAUAUCAACAAGAUUUUAUUUCUGAUUUGGCGGCAUUGGUAAGUGCUAAUACAUCCAUUAGAAACACUUUAAGUUUGGAGCCUUCCCUGUCACAACUGGAUCUUACUGAAUCACUUACAUACGAUUCAAUCCUAUCAAAUACUGGGAUGUUGCAAACUUUAAGUCCUGAUGCUCCAAAUGAAUUUACAAGAGUACAUCUUUAUGCAACGGCAGAAGUACCAGGAGUUGAUAUAAUACCUGAUGAAAUCAAUAUAAAACGGAUGGAUGUUAAUAAAUGCGUGAAACGAGUAUUAUUAUUAACCAACAAAUCUAAAAAUCUCCCGAUAAUUGUUCAAUAUGUAAAAGCUCCUAAUGUUUAUUUAGCAAAAGAAAUAUUCUCCUUGGAACCGAAUGAAAAAUUGGAAAUUUUAAUUAAUAUUCAACCGACUGAAAUCGGGUCAGUUGAAAUCGAAGUUGUAUUUAAUUUAUUAUACUAUGAUUAUAACAUGAUGAAAACAAAGAAUGAUUGUAAAGUAAUCGGUGAAAGUAAAAUGGUUGUUAAGUUAGAUGUGAUAUCUUCAACUAAGUAUCCAAAACCGCAACUAAAUCCUGGUUUAAAACCGAAUUAUAUUAAAGAAGUCGGAAAACAUUGCCAAAACUUGAAAUUUAAUACCAACAUUAGUCUUCACAAAGGAAUUACUGUUAAUAAUAAAGCGGUUAUAGAUAAAAAUUGUAACGAUUUGAUUGCUUUUCCGAACGAUACUCAACAGUCAAUACGGCCGUAUAGAAAUAAGCAAUUAUGUCGAACAAUUUUUGCAAGACAAGAAAAAUAUAAAGCACCAUUAGACGAGUAUUAUGAAUUAAGCGAAACUGAUAUUUGUUUUAAAAAAUCCAUAAGAGAUUAUUACAUAAAUUUUAUUCGAUCGGAAUUUAAAAAGUUAACAUCGCCGAAUGAGGAUGGUGAAAAAAGUACUUAUCAAACAACUUUAAUGUAUAAAGUUUUAUGCGAAGAUUUAACGGUUUCACAACCACCACCUAUUAGAGGUCAAAAAUUAGAUAAAACUAAAUAUUAUGUGCCACUUAUUCCACAGGAAAUGGAUAACAUUAUAAUUACUCCUCCUGUUGUUCAAACUGGACAGAUCGCUAAUAAUGCCGAUUAUAUAUUUAAACUGAAAAUUGAAAACAAAAAUAAUAUUCCUGUAAGAAUUUUAUUAAAAUCCGAUAAAUUUUCUUUGGUAUUUUCUGAGGGAUCACGUCAUAAUAUAGAUCCUUGUCAAGAAGCCAUAAUAACAAUGUGUUAUAAAACGGCUUACGUCGGCUACUACUCAACUAAUCUCUACGUUAUAGUAAACGAAAGCGCAGCACAUGCUGUACCGAUUAUAACAGAAGUGGUUGCAAACGUUCUACAAAUGAGUAAAAAAUGUAUUACGUUUACCAAUAGAAAUCUACAGGAAUAUGUCGAAUUAACGAACAUUUUGAAUAUACCGAUACCGUUUUCUUGGGUGUGUAUCGACCAUAAUUUUGGCGUUGAACCUGGUGUGGGAAUGGUUGCACCAAAAUCCAAACUUACAUGCACUUGUCGAUAUUUUACUACAAUAUCCGGGCCAAAUGAAACUGAAGGUCAAUUAUAUUGUGGAGAAACCAUGCGUCAAAAAUUAAAAUUUGAGUCGCAAAUAACUUUACAAAAUAUUUCUGUUUUGGAUAGAGAAAUUGAUUUUGGUGAGAUACCCUUAAAUGAGCCAGUUCUGAAAUCAAUUCUAUUAAAAAAUACCGAAAUUAUACCAUUAUCUUUCUUGGUUGAAGACUGUGAAAACUGUGUUGGAUUAACUAUAUACCCUUUGAAUGGCGUUUUACGACCAGCAUGUGUUACAAAUGUGUAUGUAACUGCAAAAGUUCCCACUUGUGUGAAAUUUAAAUAUAAUUUAAGAAUUUGUACAGUGGGAGCUGGUUACGUUGAAGUGUUGAUAAAAGGAAUCGUAAUAUAUCCGAAUGUGAUUAUUACACCAAAUAUAAUAAAUUUUCCUAAAAUACCAGCAAGCACAACAUCAAAAAUUCAGUUUACGGUUAAAAACGAUAGUUCAGCUUUGAUUAGAGUCAACUUUAAUUUAAAUGAAUAUGAAGAAUUUGAUAUUACGAAUUCGGAUGAUUUAUAUAAAUUUAAAUUCGUUCAAGAAAUAACUUUACAUUCUCAAGAAACUAAAACUUUAUUCUUAAAUUUCCAUCCAUCCGGAAUUCAACGAACAACAUUUUAUAUUCCUCUUAUUAUUAAUAACAUACUUGGGCCACCAAUUCUCUUGGAUACAAUUUCAACAAAAGUAAAGUAUCAUCUUACGGCGACGUUGGAUGAUUGUGUAUAUAUUAAGACACCGGAUUAUAUGCCGUGUGUAAAAAUUCAAACACUCGUAACAUCGCCGAAAGUAAUUUUUUCGAAGACUGCUAUUGAAAUGUUGUGUACUUGUAAUAAUCCUCACGAUGAAUAUAUAUUAAGUAUUAAGAAUAAGCAAUCUGAAAAGGAGGGUAUCUGUAUUAGAAUUGAUAAUUUAAAAUAUCCCGUUUAUAUGACGUAUGAAUCUGGAGCUGAAGUUGUUAAAACGAAAUGCGCAUAUGCUACAACUUUGGACCCGGAUGAGGAGACUCGGUUUCGAAUUAUCUUUAAACCGAAUCAGGAGGAUUUUGGAGAGUUUAGAGUUCUUCUUCCAGUUUUCCUUCACAGCGACAACAGCUUCAAAUAUCAUACGAUAAUAAACAUACACACCGUAUAUCAAACACCAGUAAUCGUGGCAACAGCAAUGGCCAAACCAUUAACUCCAACAACAGUAAAAGCUGACAACCACUAUCUUCACCACUUCGAACCAAGUCCAGUAUUCGGUGGAAAAGUAAAAUUUUACAGUCAAAUGCUGUUUAAAUAUCAUCGACCGGAUUGUAAAAUAUUAAAGAACGACGUGAAAAGCAUCCAUAAAUCGUACAUAGAAAUUUUAUACAAUACAAAAGUCGACAAGGGAAAAGAUAUGUAUUCGAUUAUGUGCGUUUUUACAUACGAACCCAAGGUGGAGUCUACAUUUAAUGUGAUUUGGUACCUUGAAUGUACUUGCGGGGCAAAUAGAACAUCUUAUACAGAAGGAACGGUGUCAAAUUGUAUUUUUACUAGUUACUGUUUAAUGAAUUACAUUUUAAAAAGAAGUGAUAUAAGACAGAAAAAUAUAGAAUAUACAUAUGAAAAUUCUUCGUAUCCAUUUUAUCCAAACCCAACAGAUAAGCAUUAUAACUUUAUGGAAGGGUUCGUUGAAGCUGUUGAAUCAUGGCUUUGUACUCAAGUAUAUUUUGGACAAUGGAGAUAUGAAAUACCAUGCACGAUGAUUUCGUAUAACUUAUCAGUUUUUGAACCACCACCUCCAGAUUGUUUAAAAAAACAAAUCCAAUUUUCUCGAAUCCCACUUGUACAUUUAUUAGGAAAUUUAGUUGGUCCAGAAAUUCUUCAAUAUCUACUACCAACGGAAACACCUAAAAACGAAGUGGAAUCAAUUAAAUACAGGUACCAAGUUUUUUCACGAGCUUUAGAAUUCAUAAGAAAGCAAGGUGCUUUCAUCGGUUAUUUGCGACCAGAAUAUUUAUUCCUUUACUACGAUUUUUGUAUCUAUAAAAGAGACCUAUUCAAUUAUAAAUCACACAUUCCUUAUCCCCUCACUGUUUUUGUCAAUGAAUACAAAGAAUUUGCUCGGUUAUCGAGACAUAGUUGGUUGGAUUUUUUACUACAAAUUUAUAAAACUUUAUAUUUAAAUAAAUUAAUUACUAAAUAUCGGGAAUUUGGAACAACAGGAAAAUUAAAAGAUACCCCUUUAGGAGACUUCUACAAGUACGAGAAUACUAUCGAAAGCCAACCAGAUAUUUAUGGCAAAAAUGAAAUGUUAAUAUUUUGUUGGUUAGAAUACAAUUACGAAACGAAUAAAGCUAAAAUUUGGAAGAACCCCUCAAAGAAAAAAUAUAAAAUUGAAGUAUUCAAUGGCGCAUUAAACGAUGGUAUAAUUUUUGCAGCUACAUUAGGCACUUAUUGUCCUUAUUUAAUACCUUUUCUACAAAACGUUUACCUGGAACCUGCAAAUACAGAAGAAAGCUUUCAUAACGUAACUAAAGUAAUCGAAUGUUUAGAAAUGUUAAAUUAUUCUUUUAAAGUUACAAUCGAACAAAUAGUUAAUGGAAGCGCAAUGAAAACGUUUAUGCUAGCUGUUUAUUUAUUCGAAAUAUUACCCUAUUUGCAUCCAAAGGACACAAUUACCCUACAAACAGGAUUAUCCACUAAAAUUACAAGGAAAAUCGAAAUUUACAAUGAAAAUAGUUUCCCAAUAGCAUACAAAACCAUAUUUAUUGGUAACGAUGAUAAAUGUUUUGCAGUAGGAUGUAAAAAUUUCCAAAUUCCAGCGAAAAAAUCUGUUAAGCUACCUAUAAAUUACAUGGCACGUUUUAUUAAAAAUAUCGAAUGUGUGUUACUAUUAAGCGGCGAAAUUGUUGGCUAUCGUUACGCCUCGAAUAAAGUGAUUACUUUAAUUGGAAUUCCCGACUUGCAGUACGCCUCCUCAACUAUAUCGUAUACAAACGAACUUUUCAAAUCAAUGUAUUUCAAUUUCAAAGUUAAAUCGCCUUACAAAGAAAAAGCUUCGUAUAAAAUGCAGCAAACUUACGAUACAUUACACGAAGCGUUAGAACUUUCGACAGUUAUAUAUCAUUUGGAUAAAAAUCGAAUUACUUGUGCUAGACUUAUCGUUUUAAACAAAACAUUUGAUUUCGAUGAAAAUGGUCUGUGUUCUAUUCGAAGCGUUAACGUGAAUAUAAUUAAUGCCACCAUUUCGAUUUGGUUGUACUUUACGAAUGAAACGGUGGGAGAUUUCGGGGUUCAAGUGAUCAGUAAGGUUAAAGAUAGUAAAGAAAGAGAUAUUUUAUAUGUUCAGUUGCCGAAAUUUAUCGAUGAAUUACGGGAACGACCUGAUUCUCUUUACAUAAAUAUUCCAAAUAGAGAUAAACUGUUUUUUAAUGCGAUUAAAACUUUAUUAGUACAAAUUACUGAAGGUGAUGAAUCUGCUUUGUGGCAAAAAAUCACAGAUACUCCAAUGGGAAUAAAUAUUUUAGAAAACUUUUUCGCAACUUAUACUCAAGACCAAUUCUCAUUAUUGCAUCAAUGCAAAAGUGUUACUUAUAACGUUAUUGUGAACGAAAGUGCUGUGGUAGUCUUGCCUGAGAUUAUUAAAUUUGAAGAUGAAUGUAGCUCAUCAUUUUCCAAAAUUCCAAUAGCACUGAAACAUGUUGAUGAGUAUCCUCAAGAUUUUGAUUUUGUACUAGAAUCACAAGAUACACGACGAAGACGAUUUUAUACUGUACGCUUUUUAUAAAAAUGAAUAUAAGUGUUAUUUAUUU